CUUGCCUUAACCAGAUCCAGCUCCUUGGGUGACUCCUCCAGGCCACAAAGACACCUCAUUGCUAUAUUAAAAGAAGAUAAAGAGACAUUUGGGUUUGAAAUCCAGACUUUCAGAUUUCCGCACCAAAAUGAUUAUUCCCAGGAGGUAUGCACUUGCAUCUGCAAAAUUGAGGAAGAAAGUCCUGCCCAUCUUUCUGGCCUUCAAGCUGGCGAUAUCCUGGCCAGUAUCAAUGGCAUGAACACUGAUGGCUAUAGUCACAAGCAAAUAGUAGACUUGAUAAAGUCUUCAGGGAACUAUUUAAGGUUAGAGACUGUCAACGGGGCCAUGUUUCUGCGGAAAAUGGAGCUCGAGACCAAGCUGCAGUUGCUGAAGCAAACUCUGCAGCAGAAAUGGGUGGAGUUGCGCUCUCUGCUCUUACAGGAACAGCGCUUGCUGCACGGGGAGGUGAACGACAACGCACUGCUGGGCAUGCUGGAGCUGGAAGAGUCCAGCUUGCUCAGUGGCUGCAGCAUGCCGGGACCCCUCCUUCCGAUGAAGCCUCGCUUCUCCAGCGAGAGCAGCUCCCGCAGCCGGCUGAGCUCGAUGACCUUGGACAGCGAGGACAGCUUCUACCAGAUUGGCGCCUUCGAGGAUUCAGCUGCAGAGAGCCUGAGCCGCCAGUCGAGCAUAGAUGAUGACUGCUUCUUCCCCAGGGAUGGGGAUGGUGCUGCUGGGAGGUCUUCCCUGCGGAGGAACCGCAGCAUCAGCCUGGCCAGCAGCGGGUCCAUGUCCCCGCUCUGGGAGGGGAGCAGCUGCAGCAGUAGUUUUGGGACCCUCCCACGGAAAAGCAGGAGAUCCAGUGUCCGAAGGCAUCUUUUGAAAUUCAUUCCAGGCCUUCACCGGGCAGUGGAAGAGGAAGAAAGUCGGGUGUGA